GCAGACACGCCGGCCGUGGAGGUGAAGAGCCUGGACCUGCUGGCAGCUCUGCCCACCCCUCCCCACAACCAGACCGAGGACGUUAGGAUGGAGAGUGACGACGAGAGUGACUCGCCCGACAGCAUCGUCCCUGCUUCGUCCCCCGAGAGCGUGCUGGGCGAGGAGCUGCUCCGCUUCCCCCUGCUCAGCGAGGCCAAGCCAGAGCUGGAGGAGCGUGUGCUGUCCCCCAUCAUCCCCAUCAUCCCCCGGGCCAGUAUCCCAGUGUUCCCCGACACGAAGCCCUACGAGGCCGCGGAGCCCUUCGGGGCAACCCCUGGGAAGGUGGGGGCGGUGGGCCCAGGCGCCCCGUGGGAGAAGGGCAAAAGCAGCGAGGUCUCUGUCAUGCUGACGGUGUCUGCAGCGGCCGCCAAGAACCUCAACGGGGUGAUGGUGGCCAUGGCUGAGCUGCUGAGCGUGAAGAUCCCCAGCUCCUACGAGGUGCUGUUCCCGGAUGGCCCCAUGCGAGCGGCCGUGGUUGAGGCCAAGAAGGUGGAGACAGACAUGGCUGGCUUCUGCCACGAGGAGGGUGAUGGGGCCACGGACGGGCCGGCCCGCCUGCUCAACCUUGACCUUGACCUCUGGGUCCACCUGAACUGCGCCCUGUGGUCCACGGUGGUCUACGAGACGCAGGGAGGGGCCCUGAUCAACGUGGAGGUGGCCCUGCACCGCGGGCUGCUCUCCCAGUGCUCCCUGUGCCAGAAAACCGGCGCCACCAACAGCUGCAACCGCAUCCGCUGCCCCAGCGUCUACCACUUCGCCUGCGCCAUCCGCGCCAAGUGCAUGUUCUUCAAGGACAAGACCAUGCUGUGCCCCUUGCACAAGCUGAAGGGCCCCUGCGAGCAGGAGCUGAGCAGCUUCACCGUCUUCCGACGUGUCUACAUCGAACGGGACGAGGUGAAGCAGAUCGCCAGCAUCAUCCAGCGCGGCGAGCGGCUCCACAUGUUCCGCGUGGGCGGGCUGGUCUUCCACGCCAUCGGGCAGCUCCUGCCACACCAGAUGGCCGACUUCCACAGCGUCACGGCCCUCUACCCCGUGGGCUACGAGGCCACGCGCAUCUACUGGAGCCUGCGGACCAACAACCGCCGCUGCUGCUACCGCUGCACCAUCUGCGAGAACAACGGCCGCCCCGAGUUCGUCGUGCAAGUCAUCGAGCAGGGCCUGGAGGAUUUGGUCUUCUCCGACUCCUCGCCGCAGGCUGUCUGGAACCGGAUCAUUGAGCCGGUGGCAAUGAUGAGGAAGGAAGCCGACAUGCUGCGACUCUUCCCCGAGUACCUGAAGGGUGAGGAGCUCUUCGGCCUCACGGUGCACGCGGUGUUGCGCAUCGCCGAGUCGGUAGGUCCUGGCGUUGAGAGCUGCCAGAACUACCUGUUCCGCUACGGGCGCCAUCCGCUGAUGGAGCUGCCGCUGAUGAUCAACCCCACCGGUUGCGCCCGCUCCGAGCCCAAGAUCCUCACCCACUACAAGCGGCCCCACACCCUGAACAGCACAAGCAUGUCCAAGGCCUACCAGAGCACGUUCACGGGCGAGACCAACACCCCCUACAGCAAACAGUUCGUGCACUCCAAGUCCUCCCAGUACCGGCGCCUGAAGACAGAGUGGAAGAACAACGUCUACCUGGCGCGGUCCCGCAUCCAGGGGCUGGGGCUCUACGCGGCCAAGGACAUCGAGAAGCAUACCAUGGUCAUCGAAUACAUCGGCACCAUCAUCCGCAACGAGGUGGCCAACCGGCGGGAGAAGAUCUACGAGGAGCAGGGGGGUGUCCCAGGUUGGGGGUGCCCCGGGAUCUGGGGUGUCUCCUCGCUGCUGGCAGGCGCCUCACGCUGCCGGUCCCCAGGGGAGCCCCACCGCGGCGCCUACACCACCUUCAUGAAGUCCCACCGCUGCUACGACCUCAUCCCCACCAGCUCCAAACUGGUCGUCUUCGACACCUCCCUACAGGUGAAGAAGGCUUUCUUCGCGCUGGUCACCAAUGGCGUGCGGGCGGCCCCGCUGUGGGACAGCAAGAAGCAAAGCUUUGUGGGCAUGCUGACCAUCACCGACUUCAUCAACAUCCUGCACCGCUACUACAAGUCACCCAUGGUGCAGAUCUACGAGCUGGAGGAGCACAAAAUAGAGACGUGGAGAG